UUUUGAGUCUAGUUUGCUAUUUAACUUCUCGCUAAAUUCACCAAAUAUUUAUUGUUCAUUGCGAGCGGGUAAUUCACUUUCGUGAUGUUUUGUGCAAAUACCCAUCGCCUUACCUUCUAAUAUGUGUUCCCAGAGCAUAACAAAAGAUCCUACCUUAGGUGUUUGGAGUGAACGACGAAAAACUGCGGCAAAUGUGCUAUAAAAAUCCUCAAUUUUGCCACAGUGCCAAGAGAGCAUUGUUAAAUUUAUAUGAUAUUUUUUCGCAUUGAAAAUUCAGUGGAAAAUAUUCAUCAGGUCUUGAAUUGUGUGUUGUUGUGUGGCUUUUUUGUCUUGUGAUACUUUAAUGACGCAAAAUGAAGACGAAAAAAUGCGAGACAACCUUAAGACACGAGUCAAAGAACACAGAGAGAGGCGAAUUGGAUGUGAGAGAGACGGGCAAAAAGUUGGAAUUAUGCGAUCCGUUGGUAAAAUACAGCCACUAUCGUGAUUUCCCAAGGAGAGAAGUAUAUACUGUAUUUUUUUCGAGUGCAGACAACAGACCGUGGAGUUGAUCUGUUUAGCCCCAUGGUGAGACUCUUUUCGUCAUGUGAGAGAGCAGCGCUGAGGAAGGAUGAUUGUGAUCUAUUUUAUAUAUGAAAAUGUGUAGUGAUAUUUCCCCGAAUGAGGAGCUGAUGUGUCCCAUGAAAUUUCUGCAACAUCUCCGUAAUAUUAAUGUGCAAAAUGUGAAAUCCAAGGGGAAAAAAGUCAGUUGUAUUGGUCGUGGCGCCAAAUCAGUGAGAGAUAUACUUUCACUUGGGGCAAAACACUGAAUUGCGUGCUGAAUGAGUAACAACGGAGUGUAUCAUUUGUGUAUUUUGAUGUUAAUGUGCACCUAUCAAGAGCAGAAUAGAUUGAAUUUUUGCAACCUGUCCUAACAAUUGACUUACGCAAUUUUUUUUUACCUCUUUCUCUUUCUCUCUCUGUCUAGCCAUCUAAGCGGCGGGUUUAACAGACGAACAACAAGACGUUGGCGAACAGGGAGCUUAAGAUGAAUUCCAACCACACAGGAUCGUCCAGGCGCCCGUACUCGCGCGGAGCUGCUCCUCGAAAUCGCUCCAGAAUACCAUUCUCUUCCCACCCCCACUCGCAACGCAACCAUAGUCAUGGCCAGUGGUACAAAGACAUGGAGCCGUGCUACAAUCACGGUGCUGGACCUAGUCAAUCGGAUAGACGCAUGGGAAUGUCUGAUCGACGGCAUACAAUGGGAGCCGCGUCACUGGAUCACCAGCGGCAUUCGAAUCACUAUGAUCAGCAGAGUUCCCGAAGUGGAGACCUACAUAUCGAUGCUCGGUCGGACGGUGGGGCCGGUGGAGGCGGCGGAGCGAUGUCCAGAAAUCCAAAUCGUGAUCGCAUAAGUCCUCAUCAUCACUACCAAAACCAGCAUCAGAACUCCUACUGUCCGGACAACAACAUCAAGUCUGACAGUCCGUCGAGGAAGCGGAGGCGCGUCUCUCGGAUGCCAUCGCAGUCGCCGCCGGCGGUGUGGGAACACCACCGGUCGCCGAGGAGUCAGCAGCAGUCACAAAUGGGCCAGCAGGGUUCACCGCCGAUUCGGAGGGCACGCAUGCGGGAUCAGCAGCGUGCUUGGGAUUCUCUGCCAUCGAUCUUUCAACAGGCACCGUCACCCCAACAUCAGCCACCGCCCCUCAUGGUGGACAUCAAUCAAGUGCCCGUGAGCUUGCCGCUGCGCCAUGAGCCGCUGUGGACCUACUCGACGACGCCCCACAUCUCUGUGUGCUCACCGCCGCCUCACAUUCCCCAAUGCAUGUACUCUCCACCGCCGCCGCCCUUCGCCCAGUCCUGCGGGAUCGGCAACCAUCAUCAUCAUCACCAUCACCAUUUCGGCGGCUUCGCCUCCACCGCGGCUCCCAUGGCCGUGCCUCAGCAGCCUCACUAUCAGCAUCCGCAUAUUCCACAGCAACGACCGGAUGGAAUCACUUUGGAUCCGAUGGAUCAUCAGACUCAGAUGCAUGUGACUCCCUUGGCUGCGGCCCACCACAUACAUUCCUCGUCGCAGAUGGCUCAGGUGUCGCCGCCGCCGCCAAUUUUCAUCUCCACAGAGAACCGGUCACACCAGCAGAUUGAGCUGCUCCAUCGGACUGCCAGGCGCUCAAUAGCACCACCGCGGCGCAACUAUACGCGCCUCCACUGGCAACCGCAGCCACUGUCGCAUCCGCAUGCUCAUCGACACACCAUCCAGCACCAGGCGUUGGGUUCCCACCAGACGGCCAUGCCACUGCAGGCCACGUCCGCCUAUUCGGGCAUUCUGCUCAACUUCCUCGCCAUGUUCCCGCUCUCGUCGUAUGGACAGCCGGAGUUGAAUUCCCCGGAUUCGCCCGAGACGGAGAAUUACGAGGCGCUCCUUAGUCUGGCAGAGCGCCUGGGCGAGGCGAAACCACGCGGCCUAGCGCGGCCAGAGAUAGAUCAACUUCCCAGUUACAAAUUCAAUGCAGAGACACACACAGGUGACCAAACAUCGUGUGUUGUGUGCAUGUGUGACUUUGAGGCACGUCAAAUGCUCCGAGUUCUGCCAUGUUCCCAUGAAUUCCAUGCUAAAUGUGUUGACAAAUGGCUGAGAUCAAAUCGAACGUGCCCCAUUUGUCGUGGUAAUGCUUCAGAUUACUUUGAGAGCAGUGAAGAGCAAUAAAUUUUCAAAUGAAAAAGAAAUAGAGAGAAAGGAAAUAACAAUAUAAAUAUAUAUAUAUUUCAUACACUUGAAGAGUAACGAAAAAAAGAAAGAGAGAGAAUCAGAAUAUAGAAAUUGUAAUGCUGUUGGAGCUCUAGAAAAGUUUGUCCGAAAAAAAAAUGAAAAAAAGAACACUUGCAAAUUACCUAAGAACAACAAUGCAAAGUCUGUUUUCUUCUCCUGCCAUCAAAUUAUUCUUAUAAUCUACUAAAUGUAUAAAAAUAAAAAUCGUCUAAAUUUCUUGCAUGAAGUCUCUGAGAAGCAAAUCAUGGUAAAAAGAAUAUGUAUGAGUAUAAUUUUCACUACAGUGUGUUGCAUGAUAGGUGAUGUAUUUGUAAAAUUUGGGCGAUGGAAGAGGGAAGAUAAGGUUUUUUGAGAACAAGAGUAACUGUGUUGGCUGGCGUCUCAAAAAUUCGCUUGAUUUCCAUUUAUAAAGAGAAAAAGAGCGGAAGAGAAUGCAAUUUAAAAUGCAAAAGUAUGAUGAGUCAUAAGUUGAAGGUGGUGAAAAAAAAUCAUGUAAUCUCGUAAAUGUCAGAAAUGUGUAAAAUUUGUUGUUUUAUGUGUUUUCCAUAAAAGGUAAUUAAAAUCUAUGUGAGUGAGAGGGAAGAGGAACAACUUAAAUUAGGCAUUAACUAGAGGAGUAAUGGUUAAACAUAGGGCUUCAGUAUUUUUGCAAUUUUACACUUAACGCAAAGAGAACGACAUUAAAGUGACAAGAAGAAAAAAACCAAAAAAGUAACUCUUCAAAGAACCUUCCUUCAUUGAGCUGUUUUCUUUCGGGAAAGUGAAUUUGUUUGUUUCUUACCAAGGGUGUAGUUUUCCAGUGCCAUCCUCUUUUUUUUCAUGAAAAAAAUGUCUUCUUUUUUCUAACAACCGUGCUUGAGAUAUAAUGUGAAAUGAUAGAGAAGAAGAAUCCUACCCGAUAAUUAAGUUGAAGUAUAAAUGUGCCAUUUUCUAUAUGAGUAUCUAAGGUUAAACUAGACAUAUAUAUUACGUAGAUUAUACAGAAUUUGCAAUUUCCUCAAGAGAAACUACCACUAGAAUGAUCUUUCCUAUACUUUAAAUCACUUUCUCACGUGUGAAUUUCAGUUUAUUAAGCGCAAUGAUGAUAAACUACUAGGCCACCUCGUAUUUUGAGAGUAAAGUAGCUCCAAGAGACGAUAGAAUAUAUACAUAACUUUGAAGAAAUGUAACUCUGGGUGAUAAAAUCUUUUUUAGUAACUGUACGUUUUUUCCCAAAAAAAAACGCUUUUUCUAACACUGGGAGGAGGUAGUUUUGUAAGUUAGUUUUUCUUUCAUAAAAAUUCUCUAAAAAUGACAUCAUUUCAUGUGAAUAAAAUACAAUGGUAUGAAGCUUUUUUUUGGUUAUUGAGACGAUUUUAGCUUUUAUGUUAGGUUCUUUAAUUCUUUUUUCGUGUAAUUUGGUAAUUCUUAACAAUGUAUAUUUGUUAAACAAAGAUUUUGGGAAGAAUUAACAAAUCAAGUGGGAAAAUAAUUAUCAAAUUUCAUUGGUAAUCUCAUUUAAUAGCUUUAAUCUAAUGUUAUGUCACUUUUAGUUACAUGUUUCAAUAUACAAAAGAAAAAUACCAUCUUUUUGCUAUUGUGGUAUUUCUAGCAUUAUUGCGAAUGAGAAUUAGUUAUUGCAAUUUAUUUCAUAGAUUUUGUGUUACUUCCAAAUUUAUUAUUAUUAUUAUUAUAUUUUUAGGCGAAUGAGAGCGAGAAUGUGGAAAUAAAACUUGCAGCAUUGUUUUUUUUUUAUAUAGACAACAUUAACCCUUUGUGUUAUUUUUUCCUUUUAUUCUACUUGUUUGUCUUCUAUCUUGUUUUCUCUGGGCUAUUCUCUGGUAUUUCUACUCACUGUAUGUUAUUCACAGACUAAAAACAAAAAAAAAGAGAGACAACAUCAAUAGGAGUGUUUUGCAAGUGUAGCACUUGUAUUUACUAUAAUACCUUAGGAGUACGAUUGUGUAACUGAUAAAGAACUUCUUCCUCUUCUUAUACAUAAAAGUAACAAAAAAAAGACGGUGACGAGUUUUUCUGACGGGGAGCGCGGCUGGUCAAGUGGCAAAAUCAUUUUCCUUUACACAGGAUGCCCAGUCUUCGAGUAAACUCUUGGCGCGCCGCCCUCUGAGGAAUGCAGUACAAUAUUGUUUUAACAAUGUUUUCGGCUUGAGAUUUCCUUUCAAUAAAUAGAAACGUGUGUGAGAUGUGCCUUUUAUACAUUGUACAAUUUCAUGUGGCCACAUUUUGUUAGCGAAGAAUAUGCGAGAGAGAGAAAAAGAGAGAGAGAGAGAGCAGAAGAUAUGAUAAAAGUGUGACAAGAAGAAAGAUCUGCAAAAAAAUCACCACUGUAUUAGCAUUAACAUUUUAUCAUAGCCUCAAAAACCGCUUUUGUACCUCAACAAUAACAUCUCCGUAUAAAUAGUGUAAUUUUGUGCAGCUCUAGUCGAGUGAAGUAGAUAUUUGUGAAUGUGUCACAUAACGUCCCCUUAUUUCCGCCAAAAUCUAUUAAUGCAUCCUUGCCCAUCACGAGAUAGGACCACUUCCUUUCAAACUCCCUUAAAAGGUUUUAAAAGCAAUUUAAUCAUAGGCGCCAAUAUAUUUGCGAAAAAGACAAAAAAUGUGUGUUUAGCUUUUACUAAAUUGUCAAAUUAACUAAGGCAAAAAAGAAGAACAAGGCAACCAAAAGUGGAAACCAACAAUCAAAUUGACGAAGCAAAGAUAUGCACAAACAUUUUGCUCAUUUUUUCAAAGCGAUGAAAAUCAAUGUCCUUUUUCCUAAAUAGUCAUUUAAAGUAACAAAAAAAAAAAACAUAAUGCAUGUAAACAAGUAGAGAAAGA